AUGUCCUCAUCUCGAACUUUCUCUGCGCCCGUCCGCUGCGCGCCAAAGCCAGACAUAGCGCUAGUGAGCCCACGCUGCGUCGCGAGCCGGAAGUACUGCGGCGGCACCUGGAAGGGCAUCGAAAGCAGGCUGGACUACAUCCAGCACAUGGGGUUCGACGCCGUCUGGAUCUCACCCAUCGUCGCUAACAUCGAGGGCGAAACAUACUACGGCGAGGCCUACCCCGGGUACUGGCCGGUCGACCAGAACGCGCUGAACGGCCACUUCGGCACCGCCUCCGACCUCACCUCGCUCAGCUCCGCACUCCACUCGCGCGGGAUGUACCUCAUGCUCGACCUCACCAUAAACCACCUCGCCGGCACCUCCCCCCCACCCACCCUCAACUACUCCUCCUUCACGCCCUUCUCCUCCUCCUCCGACUUCCACCGCUUCUGCUGGAUCACGGAGGAGAGCAACCAGACGGACGUCGAGCAGUGCUGGCUGGGCGACGCGCACCUCCCGCUCGCGGACGUGGACACGGAGGAUGCGGGGAUCGUCGACUUUUUUGGUGCGUGGGUUGGGGGGUUGGUGCGGACGUAUGGCGCGGAUGGCGUGCGGAUUGGGACGGUGAGGAAUGUUAGGAAGACGUUUUGGCCGGGGUUCGCGAAGGCCUCGGGGGUGUUCACUAUUGGUGAAGUGUUGGACGGCGACGUGCAGUAUGUCAGUGCUUAUACGCAGGUACUCGACAGCGUACUGGACUAUCCGACGUUCUAUCCUCUUGUGAAGGCAUUCAAUAGCACCAAUAGCGAUCUUACCGAGCUCGCGAACACGUACCAAGCCGUCCAGGACUCGUACAAGUACGGGGCAUUCUCGAGCGGCACGUUCCUCGAGAACCAGGAUAGCCCGCGGUUUCAAUCGUACACAACGGACGAGGCGCUUGUCAAGAACGCGAUUACUUGGCCGUUCGUCGGGGACGGCGUGCCCAUCUUGUACUAUGGUCAAGAACAAGGCUUCAAAGGCGGGAACAACCCGGACAAUCACGAAGCGCUCUGGCUCUCCGACUACAACGAGAACUCCUCGCUUGUCAUGCACGUCAAGGCUUUGAACGCUGCACGAAAAGCAGCCAUGGCUGCGAACGAGAGCAUUUUCCUGACCACCCCGGUGGCCAUCCUUGACGCCGAGAAGACGAGGAUGAUGACGUGGAAGCCGCCGAUGCUCGGGCUGUUCACGAACAACGGGAGCGACACCUCGCCCAAGUGGGAAGUGCCCGAGACGUACGCGCCGGGACUGGAGCUCAUCGACGUCCUAUCGUGCAACAACUACAUUGCGGACUCUAACGGUCGCUUCACCGUCAACGGCCAGAAUGGCAUGCCGCAGGUGAUCCUGCCCAUGGACAAGGCGUUCAACAAAAGCUACUGCGAAGAGCUGAAGAAGCCCGUUCGUAGCUCGGGCUCUAGCACUAGCUCAAGUCCUGGCGCCGAGCACAGCUCGGGGCCCACGUCGGCUGCGUCAAGCCGCCAGUCGUCCGUAUUGGCGCUGAUUUUGGUAGGGAUGACGGUACUCCUGUCCCUUGGCAUGUACUAGACGUGUCGGAUCGCGGUGAAGCGUCGAGAGAGACGCUCUCGAGUUUCCGAUCGAGCGUUCAUAGAUGUAGCAUCAGCAGACAGUAGACAAUCAACUCAACGAACGACUUUCUUUAGUGUACUCUGUAAUGUAAGCUAACGGCAAUAGAAUGGCGGGGAUUUUUGAGGUCAUCAGGCUUGUUAUCUUGACGCUGUUUAAUCCAAUAGAAGC